AUGGUCCGUGAGACGCCAAUACUAGGCCUCAGCGAGAGAUGGUCUCUAUCCCGACACAACGUCGGAUCGCCCAUUACAGUCGUCUACCACGCGUCCCUGCCUGCAGGUGUGAUUUCAGAAGAUGAUCUCAAGAAGGCAGUGGUGGAAUUAAGCAAUGCAUACCCGAUUCUCCUAUGUGGCGUGGAGGGUGCCAACACCCGACAUCCUAGAUAUGUGAAGAGGGAAAACAUGGGCUCAAAUGAUAUAGUGAAGGUUGUAGAGCUAGAAGAAGAGAAUACCUUGUCGGAUCUAGUAGAUAGGGGAGUCAUUGAAGGAAAAUCUCUCAGUCCAUCGUCUGGUCCUUUGUGGAGACUUCAACUUCACCGUUUCAUUACUUCAACCACUCGUCCUCCAAGAGACAGAAUCGUCCUGCUCAUUGACCAUAUCUUGUGUGAUGGAUUGGGUGCCAGAAACCUGUUUACAGACCUGCUAGGAAGCCUUUCGGGUACACCUAUUCCUUCCCAGCCUGAAGGCUUACCCUCUCGGCUGGAUGAUACAGUGGAUCUGAAGCCAGAGAAUGAGGAUGCACCUCCUAUCUCAUCCACCAUUGCCUCACACCUCAAGUCAAUUACUCAGCAAGCGACGUCAUACGUUUCACUUGCUCCGACAUACAAUAAAUUCCCUCUGAAACCCGAUGCUGAUUAUAACUCGAUCACCGCACCGCAGCAGUUCAGUGAAUUCGACCUAUCACCAUCGGAACUGUCGGCGUUGCUGUCCGAGGGGAAGAAGCAUGGUAUCCCUACUAUACACCCCGUCAUACAUAUCGCCUGUCUUGUAGCACUAUAUCGUGCCAUCACACCUUCAGCCGCUUGGACUUUCGACACCAGUGUACCUAUAUCUGACAGAAGAGAGGAUCUUGGUCAUCCUCGAGCCACAGGCAACUACGUCACGUUCCACUUCUCCACGGACCGGAUGAAUCAAUCGACACUAUUUUGGAAGCAUGUCCGAGAUUUCUCCACCGAGCUGCGCCAGCCCAGAACUAAAGUCGUCGCGAGAAAGACCUUGGGCAAAUUGGCGUUGAUCAACGAUGAUCAACCUGAGGACGGCGACUCGUCUUUAUGGGAAGAAUAUCUUAGAAAAUUGGUCAAUGACCCUAGCGGACCUCACAAACUAUCUCUAGCUGUGUCGAACGUUGGGAUCAUAGACGUACCAACGUCCGGCAAACUAGCAGGGCAGGUACAAGACGUCUACUUCAGUCAAGCGGCUUCGGCCAUGGGCGGGUGUGCGGUGGUCAGCAUCGUAACCACGAAAGGUGGUCCCAUGACUAUAUCCAUCUGCUCAAAAAUCGGAUCAUUUCCUCCCGGUGUUUUCGAAUUGUUCUCACAACAACUGAAACCUAUACUUCAAGCUGUAGCUCGAGGAGACAUAUGCGAGGACACAGCAGCGGGAGAUGCGAUUCCUGGUUUGCUUUAG